UUGAACCUUGAAAAAAAUCAACUUUUUUUUAACUGAGAUAAGUUAAUUGUAUUUUCUAUCUAAACUUUUAACUUUCUUUCUUUUGGGUUAUUUGGUCGCUAUGACCAUCUCACAACCAAUUCUCCAGCCGUCUCUGUUCAUCGCCAAAUCCUUACCGUUUACUCCGCCUCUUAAUAACUUUAAACUUAUCUAAUUAAAUUUUUUUUUGUUAACUUUUAACUUAAUUGAAGGCAAUUUAAUUGAAUUAACUUAACUUGCCACUGUUAAUUAUUUUCACUAACUUUCACACCUUUGGCAAUAUCGGAGAACUGUGCGUAACGUCACCACUCACCCGGUGUCUGCACUUCACGGAUCCGACGACGGCAAUAAUGGACGCGUUGGCCGUCGCGGCGAUCCUGAUGCUUGCGCUGAGGGCGGCUGUCUGCGUGGACGCGGCCGCUAACGUGGACAUCGGUCGCAGCGUGGACUUGCUCCAGCGGUUCGGUAUUAUCGGCGACGUGCUGUACGGCGACGUGUCCAACACCAAGGAGUCGGUCACCCACGACAUAAUCGACGGGGCCGAUCGUUUCACUGAAGUUUUAAAUGUGACCAAAAACCAUACAAAUCUACUAAACAUCACGUUUUGUCCCGAUUUGGACUGCCUAUUCGACGUAUAUUUUGAUGGCUUUCAAGUUGAUCUAACCGAUAAACCAUGGAAACUGUUGACAACAAGUAGAUCACGACAUAUGGUAUCUGAACGUUUUGGUGUGCCUGAUAUAGCAAUGGGAUUCGGACAAAAAUUCGUAAUUGUGUCUUAUAGGCGACCGGUGAAACGUAUUAAAACAUUUGAUAACUUUACACAAGUUGCAGAACUAAAAUCAUCAAUAUCCGACAAAUUUAAAUGUAUGUCCAUUGGUAUAGAAUCCUUGGUGACGGAUUUUAUUACAGAGCAUGGAUCACAUUAUAUUGAUGAAUACACAUUAGGAGAUACUGUUUUCCAGGUGUUGGUGUACCUUCCGGUGUUCUACGACAAGUUCUACAAAUGCGUGCUCAACAACUGUUCGGAAUCGGACACGACGUUGUUGCUGUCGCCACUGUACACCGAAUACCAGGGACGUGUGACGAGCGUCGGGUUGGACGCGGUGGAGAAAUGGGUCGACACCAACCUACAGGUCGAGUCCAAGCUGGGCCACACGUAUAUCAGCCUGUACGCGCUCAAGAACCGACCUGAGCUGUUCGCCGAAAUCGUCGCGCUAAUGAACGAGCAGUCGGUGGUCGGGCUGCACCUCAAGGUCGUGUCCGCGUUCCUCGCCGAGCCAGUCAAGCGGAAAUGGUUCACCGAGGUGCUGGACAACCAUGUAAAACUCCGCGAACUCAACCUCUAAACCAUCGGCCGGAAAUUAUGAAGAACGGUCCGUUUGUAUUAAAUAACAUAAAAUAUUAUAGAUUACACCGUUAAAAAAUAGUAUUAUGUUCGAAACGUGUAAAUUGUCUAUACUCUAAUAAUAUAAUACAUAGGAAUACCGUAUAUACAAUAAUUGCAGCACAUCGAUGGUUGGUGGGAGACCGUCAACGUGAACGAAAAGAAAAAAACAAUUUAUUAUUUAUUAUUUUCGAGCAUUUUAUUAUAAUAAUUGUAUAUAACUAUAUGUUUGCAUUGUCCAAUGUUUGUUUAAAAAUAAAACUAAGUAAAUUUUAUUGAAGAAAAUUCAAUAAUUCUAUUUCGUGUAAAAU